AUGGCAGCGGCGGCGGCGGGUCUUCUCCCCGCUCUGCGUUUCUCGCCGCUCGAAGCGUCGCCCUUCCCCAAGCCCCUUGUCGGCGGCGGCCAUGGCUGGACGAAGACCAGGGGGACCCGAAGAGGCCUCUCCUGUGCCCCAGGUUUCUCUUCUUCUUCUUCUUUCAGGAAUGGGAGCUCGCCGGAGACCGAGUGCCCCGUGCCGCUGGAGCAGCAGCCUGUGAACGAGUACCAGGCGUUGUCCACUUCCCUCCCUUUCUCCUGGGCGGCAGGUGAUCUCGGGCUCUACUGCUCCCGUCUUGCCUGCACUGGGGCAGCGUUUGCCCUCCUCGUGGGGCUCCCCGUGUCUGCCUUUGGAAGGGGAUUCAUCGGAGAUCCCGAAACAUACGCUCUCCGAUGUACCCUUGGGGCUGUGUCCACAGGACUUCUUGCUGUCAUCCUGGCAGUACUCCGCAUGUACCUAGGCUGGGCGUACGUUGGCAACCGCUUGCUUAGCGCCACUGUGGAAUGUGAUAAUCUUACCACAAAUUAUUGAUUUAUUAGUUUUUUUAUUUUUUAUUUUUCUUCUCAUUCUCUUGGCUGGUGGUUUAUUUUUUGCCUAUUUGUUGCUGUAAUGUAUGGCUCCAUCCACAGACGAGGAGACUGGAUGGUAUGAUGGACAGGUGAUAAAACUGUUUCGCCUAUCCAAUUAUUCAUUGUUCAUCUUUACUUUCCUUUUAUCAUCAAGAUUUUGUUAAAAUAAUGCAAUCGACGGAUAAUCAUGCGGCCAUAUUUGCGAUAAAUUUUCGAAUAAGAGAACCCAUUUUGUUGUCCCAGUCGGUAUUUGAAAAAUGGGAUAUGGAGUGCCUUCUUUCGUCAUUAUCUAUCUUUGGCCUCCCACAUACUGAAUAUGAUCUCUGAUGAAGGGACUGGAGCAUGGAUAUCUGUGCUUUAAGUGUUUCCGGGUUAUAGAAUAUUAGCUUUACUAAAGUUCUAGUAGUUCCAUGUGAUGUUAUAUUGUCUCAUAUCCUUACAUUCAUGUUUUGACAGUCUUAUAGUUAAAACUGGGAAUGAGCAUGUUUUUUGGCGAGUAAAAUGGAAUGAAGAAGGCCACAUAGGAAAACGGAAUUUGACUUUCAAGAUGUCGCGAAAAAUAGAUGUGAUUAUCGCAAGGCUAGAAUCUACCCUUCUAGGAAAUGAAUUUAAAAGUUUGAGGGAAUGAAAAAGGGCACAUGUUCGUUCAGGUCAAGUAUGGCAGAGAGGUUAAUACUGGGACAUUCUAUCAUGUUACACUCAGGUAGUCAUGAACUGUGGGUAUACUUCUUUUAAGGAUGUGUUCCCUUUUUCUCAUGUUACAGAUGAAGUUCGGCUGCAGAACUAACUACUGUUGUGUCUCUAAAAGAGAUGGUUGUACAGGCAUCCAGCUUUCUGGAACAGUAGGUCUUGGAGAGGUCAUUUUAAGGAUUGGUUUGUCUCCUUGGAAGUUACAUUUCAGAGAGAUGUCUUGCAAGAGGGGUGGGGGUCCCGCAGCUGGGAUACCCCAAAACUGGCUUUUAUAGGGAUGUGAAUGUCCAUGGACUAAUGGUUUGGGUGUUUUUUUCAGUUCUGACUGUUCUAUCAGGAGGGACAUUAUGUUUUUUUUCUGAAGGGACGAAAAUGGUCGAAUUUACGUGUAUUUUUAAAGCUUUUGUCUUAUGUCUUAGUCCUAAAUCGAUCUACUUAAUAUGUGGAUACCUUCUUUAGAGUGUUGCCCUGCCAACACGCCAAAGAAAAAUCUGAUACAGCAUGAUGAAAAGUUGAAUUACCUGACAUUCCUGCACCUGUAAUUUCUGCGUUCUAUGCUUGUGCACUUAUUUUUUAGUAUUAUACGAAUGAAACCUUUUUGUUGAGUCACAAAUGGAGAAUGCGUUGAUCAUUAACGGUAUUUUUCUGUUUUUCAGAUAUGGGUGAAAACUCCUGAAGUUCUAGCCCGUGAUCGCCUUUUAGGCUCUUUUUCUGUGAGUUCACUCAUCCUUAGUUCUUUGGCUUACAGAUUUAUGAAAAAAAAAAAAAGAGCGCCCGCAGACACAUUCUUUCUGUAAGAUUUUCUUGCUUGUCAUUAUUCCUUUGUUGUUGCGAGCGGGCAAGGCCAUCAACCCACCACUUUAGCCUGAAGCAAGUUGGCUGUCCCACCCCCACCCUAAAUAUUUUAAGGUUCUCCUCCUAUAAUUUGUCUUGAUCUUUCCUACCUGGGGCUGGUGGUUUGACAUAGCAUAUAGGGCCUGUCGGAUUUGAACUCCAACUAGGUGUAGCUUAUUAUGCGAACACAAUGAGUUGACCUGUUCCCAGAUCUCAGGUGUGAUUACCCGAAACGUCAACCGAGAUGGGAUUGCCUGAUCGCUGUGAAAACUGGUGCAUUGCUAGAUUGUCCGGGAAAUAUAAUGAAUUUCAAAGAAAAAAUUAUGAAUAUUGCAUGGGGUUACUGAGUCUAGUAGAAAACUAGAAUCUCGGCUCAGGUUGAGUUAGACGACUUCCAGAUCUUUGAUUCGUCGUAUCCUAAUAUGUUUUUGAGUUGGGUUGACUUCACUGAUUGCGGGAUGGAAUUUCUUUUUUUUUUAACAUAACUUUCAAAUGACCCAUAUCUAAUGCAAGCUAGUAACAGCUCAGCAUGGCUGUUUAUAGAAACCCAGUGAUAACCCUCGGCGAUCGGCUCCUGUGGAUGGUCAAACCCAAAAGCCGAGCUCUUCAGCUCUUCAUGUGACAGUGUUUGAUCUUCUCCUAACAUGACUGCCGGCUGGCGGCGCUGUCUAUCUUUGGCAUCAUUAGGUCAAGCCUGUGCUGAGCAGGGUGAAGGUCACAUUGGUCUUUCUCGCCCUGUCGCUGGCUGCGUCCAUCGUUCUUUUCGUCAAUGUCGACAGUCCAAGAGACGCGGCGUCGGAGGAGAAGGGAGGGAGAGCGGUGGCCGGAGUUUACAACGACGCCGCCGCCAGAUCUUUCGAGCCCGAGGCCUUCUGUGGUGGGGGUUCAGACCUCUCCUAG